CUUCCGUUAAAGCUAUACUAAUCUCCCAUUUGCAGGUCCCAGCUCGAAAAUCCUUAAUGACCAGAGAUGCUGCGCGACGCCCAGCUAUUCAUGCCCGCCGAAUACCGCCGGGCUUUUUCGAUGGCGCUCAGUCCUCUGCAGCGCACGGUUCCACUUCUUCGAAUCCGCGUGCGCUAUUCAGCGGCUUUUCAUCGCUGUUCCGCCACUCUCACUCCAAGACCGAUGGAACAACCGAACCCCAGCAACGCCCAAGACGGACCACCUUCUCUCAUCGUGGCCCUCGUAUCGUCGAUGUUCCUACAGUACAGGACAGAAGGUCAUUGGUUGUCGCUCCACGGCCGCGGCCGCAGCAGCAAAGCCAAAUGCACGGCCAAACACAGGCGUCGUCAUCGCAAACUCAGCCUACAACAGCCUCGACCUCCGCGACACCUCCUGCUCCAGGUACUCAUACUACCACAGGUGGUGAAGCAGCUGCGCAGUCACCACCUAUCUCAUGGUGGGCUCGUCUCGUACUUUUCCUUUGUUGUGCAUCUCCCCCACAUGCUAAUGGGCAUUGAUACGGCAUGUGGGUAACUAUUUUAUCUUUGUUUCUGUCUUUAUAUCUUUUGUUACUCCAUCAAGCUCAUUUCAUCGUUGUGACACUCAUGCAAUGCAUCGAACUCGAUAAU